AAAGGAGGGAGAGGAGAGGAGGAAGAACGGAAAAAAGACAGAGGGGAGCUCAUGUCCAGCACAAUCAAAUGUACCCUGAAGCAGAAAUGUGAGUGUGAAUUUGAAGGGAAAGCUAAGGGAGGACAGCCAACACUUCUCAAAGAGAUUUACACAGAACUCUACAUAACUGAAGGUGGGACUGGAGGAGUCAAUGGUGAACAUGAAGUGAGACAGAUUGAAGCAGCAUCCAAGAAAAGGCGAACAGAAGAUACUACAGUCAAGUGCAAUGAUAUAUUUAAACCCUUAUGUGGGCGUGAGACACCUAUCAGAACUGUACUCACUAAAGGGGUGGCAGGUAUCGGGAAAACAGUCUCUGUGCAGAAAUUUAUUCUAGACUGGGCAGAAGGAAAAGCAAACCAGGAUGUUCACUUCAUAUUUGCUCUUCCUUUCCGGGACCUGAAUUUGAUUAAGGAUGACUACGGUCUGAUAGAUCUGCUUCACCACUUUCUCCCAGAACUGAAAUCAUUUAAAUCCACUGAGCUGUAUAGGUACAAAGUCUUGUUCAUCUUUGAUGGUCUGGAUGAGUGUCGCCUUCCUCUAGAUUUUCAGAACAAUGAAAACUGGUUUGAUGUAACAAAGAAAACAUCACUGGAUGUGCUGUUGACUAACCUCAUUAAGGGGAAUCUGCUUCCAUCUGCUCUCCUCUGGAUAACCUCCCGGCCAGCAGCAACCAAUCGCAUACCUCCCGAGUGGAUACACCAGGUGACAGAGAUACGAGGGUUCAGUGAUGCCCAGAAGGAGGAAUAUUUCAGGAAGAGAUUUAGUGAUCAGAGACUGGCUAGCAGGAUUAUCACACAUGUGAAAUCUUCAAGGAGCCUCUUCAUCAUGUGUCACAUACCUGUGUUCUGCUGGAUUUCAGCUACUGUUCUUAAGAGACUUUUUAGUGAGAAUGACAGGGGAGAAAUUCCAAGGACUCUGACUGAAAUGUACACACACUUCCUGAUCUUUCAGAGAAGAUUUAACAGUGAGAAGUAUAUGAAAGAAGAUAAAACCAAAGCAAAUAAAUGCUUUGAAUCCGGCAAGGAAUUGCUUUUAAAACUUGGUAAACUGGCUUUUCAUAACCUCAAGAAAGGCAAUCUCAUAUUUUAUGAGCAAGAUCUGACAGAGAAUGACAUUGAUGUCACUGAAGCUUCAGUUUACUCUGGAGUGUGCACAGAAGUCUUUAAGGAGAUAUAUGGGUUGUACCAGGAGAAGGUGUACUGCUUUGUGCAUCUGAGCAUUCAGGAGUAUCUCGCUGCUUUAUACGUGUUUCUGUCAAACUUAUCAGCUGACCUGCUGAAAACUGCAGUGGAUCAGGCAUUAGAGAGCAAGAAUGGACACUUGGACCUCUACCUCUGCUUCCUCAUGGGCGUCUCAACAGACUCCAGUAAGACUCUGUUAGAAAGGCUACUGGGAGAGAUAAGAACCCACUCACAUAACAUUAAGGAAACAACCCAAUACAUCAAGGAGAAAAUACAGGAGAAUUUAUCUCCAGAAAGGACCAUCAACCUGUUCCACUGUCUGAAUGAGCUGGGUGACAAUUCUCUAGUAGAGGAAGUACAAAGAUACCUGAAUUCAGGAAGACUUUCACCUGAAGACCUCUCACCUGCACAGUACUCAGCUCUGGUCUUUGUGUUACUGAUGUCAGAUGAGGAGCUGGAUGUGUUUGAUCUGAAGAAAUUCUUCAGAUCAGAUGAAGAUCACUGGAGACUGCUGCCUGUGGUCAGGAACUCCAAGACAGCUCUGCUUAACAGCUGUGAUCUCACAGAUGAAAACUGUGAAGUGUUGACUUCAGGUCUAAGAUCAAUCUCUUCCCCCUUGAGAGAGAUGGACCUGAGUGACAAUAACCUGAAGGAUUCAGGAGUGACGCUGCUCUCUGCUGCACUGGGGGAUUUACAAUGUAAACUGGGGAUUCUGAGGCUGGCAGGCUGUAGAGUCACAGAAGAAGGCUGUUCUUCCCUGGCUUCAGCUCUGAGGUCAAACUCCUCACACCUGAGAGAGCUGGAUCUGAGCUACAAUCACCCAGGAGACUCAGGAGUGAAGCUGCUCUCUGCUGUACUGGAGGAUCCCAGCUGUAAACUGGAGAAGCUGCAGGUGGGCCAGUGUGAACUCACAGAGAAAUGCUGUGAGGUGCUGGCUUCAGCUCUAAGAUCAAACUCCUCACCCCUGAGAGAGCUGGACCUGAGUGACAAUGACCUGCAGGACUCAGGAGUGAAGCUGCUCUCUGCUGGAAUGGGGGACUUACACUGUAAACUUCAGAUACUGAGGCUGAACAGCUGUAACCUCACAGAGACAUGCUGUGACACGUUGGCUUUAACUCUCAGAUCAAACUCCUCACCCCUGAGAGAGCUGGACCUGAGUAACAAUGAGCUGCAGGAUUCAGGAGUGAAGCUGCUCUCUGCUGGACUGGGGGAUUCACACUGUAAACUGGAGAUACUGAGGCUGUCAUUCUGUCAAGUCACAGAGGGAGGCUGUACUUUCCUGGCUUCCGCUCUGAAGUCAAACCCCUCACAUCUGAGAGAGCUGGACCUGAGCUACAAUCACCCAGGAGACUCAGGAGUGAAGCUGCUCUCUGCUGUACUAGAGGAUCCCAGCUGUAAACUGGAGAAGCUGAAGUGA